GAGGAAAAUCCCAGUCCGGCUGCUUCUCUGUUCGGUCUUCGUCUUUCUGCCAGUGAACGCUUUCGGUCGGCUAGUGGUCAUUGUUUUUCGCGGAAUUUUCCCCGAAAAAGUGCAUUUUUCUUUGCUAAAUUUGCGUCAAACUGCGCUCCAUUGUCCCGGUAUUCGGUUAGCAGUGUUGCUUCGCGAUAUUUUGUUGGUUUCGAGUGCUUUUUCGGCAUUUUUCACUACAUCCUGUGUCUGCUUUUGCUGAGUGCUUAUUUUUUUCCUCGGUGCUUCAGUGGGUGCUGGCUGGUGGUGCAAACAGACGACGACGACGACGAGUGCUUAAUCUCUCAAAGCUCCGGCGUCCUAAAUCCCGUCGUUCUUUCUUCUUGCGUUGCGGUGCAUUCAAUCAGUGGUCCGUUGUUCCCGAAACGACGACAAAAUAAAAGCAGUGCAAGUCCGUGGAAAAAAAACAAACAACGAGCUUUGCUACCUGUUAGUGCAACCAAGAGUGAGUGGAAGAUUCUGAUCUUGUGUUUUCCUUCGGUGCCUGUUGGAGUUUGUCGCAGUUUGGGAUUAAUCAUCGCCAUCCACGAAUGAUUCGAGCGGAUUAAGUACGGCGUGACCAUCCAUUUAGUUUUGAACGCUCCUAACGACUACGGAAUCUCCAAGCUAUGGCCAGACGCUAUGCUUGAGCGUGUUCGAAUCGGUGGUUUCAGUGGAACGUAUAAAGUGAGAAGUGCCGAACUGGCGCGCGAUAAGAAAUCCCAAACCAAAGCGGUGACCGUCCUGUUCCUCGAUGACACCACUCACACCUUCCAGCUAGAGAAGAAGGCCAAGGGAUCGGAUUUGCUUGAGUUGGUAUUUCAGCAUCUGGAACUAUCGGAGCGAGACUACUUCGGGCUACAGUUUCAGCCGAAAUGUGCCACCAACGGCAGCAGCAAAAAGGACAAGAACGGUUCCGGUGGCAACAGCGGUAGCACCGGUGGAAGCGAGGCCACCGCAAUUUCCAUUGAGGCUGGGCGAUGGCUUGAUCCGAACAAGCCAUUCCGGAAGCAGUGGAACGCGGUUCGACUCUCGGGUGACAUCAGUCCGGUACUGAUUUUUAGAGUGAAGUUUUACAUCACAGAUCCUAGCCGACUGUGUGAAGAGUAUACGAGAUACCAGUUUUAUCAGCAGAUAAAACGGGAUAUUUUUCAAGGGAAGCUGCCAGUGGCAUUGAACACCGCCUGUCUGCUCGCUAGUUAUACCGUGCAGUCUGAACUAGGCGAUUACAAUCCAUUGGAACAUACGCAUGGCUAUCUCAGUGAUAUGCAAUUACUGCCGGAACAAAACGAAGAGUUGGAACAUCGGAUAUCGGAGCUGCACAAGCUUCAUAGGGGACAGCUACCGGCGGAUGCCGAAUACAACUAUCUUGAGCACGCCAAACGACUUGAUAUGUACGGGAUAGAUUCUCACAAGGCAACGGACUCGACCGGAAAAGUAUUAAACCUGGGCGUAUCAUCCAUAGGAUUACUAGUCUACCAAAACGGUAUUCGCAUUAACACCUUCUCCUGGUCCAAGAUGGUGAAAGUGUCAUUCAAACGAAAAGAUUUCUUCAUCCAACUGCGACGGGAACCGUCGGAGAGUUACGACACACUGCUUGGGUUCAACAUGGGCGCACAUCGCAACGCAAAGUCACUGUGGAAGGCUUGUGUCGAACAUCACUCGUUUUUCCGUCUGCAAAGACCGCACCGAUCACCACGAUUCCUGCCAUUAACUCUAGGUUCUAAGUUCCAUUAUUCCGGUCGCACCGAGCUUCAAGCUGUACAAGAAAGCCGGCAGCGUGGUAAAGUUGCAAAAAUAUUCAUCCGUUCGCCCAGUAAACGUCUUUUGACGGCGUCUCAACCUCAGUCGCCGUUGCUUAAUGGUUCCGGCAACGAAAGCACUAAUGGAACCACGAAUAAUAAGAAUCAACUGUCGUUAUUGUCGUUAACCAAGGGAAACCGGACAUAUGACAAAGUUACAUCGAAAACGCCGUCGAUUCCGAGAAAAGCUUGGGAACAGCAGAGUGAUGAGUUAGUUUUGUUAAACUUCAGUCCAAACCAGUUCAUUGAUAAUCAUGAUCCUCAUUUCAGUCCCACAUUCAUCGAGCAUUGUGCAAGAACAUACGAUGCACAAAUUCCGACAAUGUUCGAUUCUCCCCCCGCGUACAACGGUAUUAACAAUCCAGAAAACAGUAUACCCAAGGAAGAAGGUCUUGUAACGAUACGGUUAGUGGCCGAUGAUCAAGGCCGGUUCGGGUUCAACGUGAAAGGUGGUGUGGAUUUGAAUCUUCCUGUGCAGGUGUCCCGAGUGGCGCCCCACACGCCGGCAGACAAAAGCACUCCACGGAUUUGCGAAGGCGACCAAUUAGUAAUGAUCAAUGGGCGUGACGUUGGCACCAUGAUGCACGAACAGGUUGUGAAUUUGAUCCGUGCCUCGCGGCAGGGAGGCGAGCUUAUGCUAACGCUGAAACCGAAUGCCUUAGUUGACUAUACGGAAGAGGAACCACUGUAUCAGUACGUUCCGGAAGAAAACGAUAUCGUACGUGGCGAACUGAAUGGCGAUCAGCUGUUUACGCAAUCGUUGCUUUUAUUGAGUGACGGAUUGGCGUCCGGAUCAUUGCUUGCACAGUACGAGCAGAUGUACAGAAAAAAUGCGGAUCUAGCUAUUACAGAAGCUAGGAAGAACGACAAUCUUAACAAGAACCGCUACAGGGAUAUUUCGCCUUAUGAUUGCACUCGUGUGGUUUUGUUGAAUGCUGAAAGCGGCGAUUACAUAAACGCAAACUACGUAAACAUGGAAAUUCCACCAACGGGAACAAUCAACCGAUACAUUGCUACACAGGGCCCUCUUUCAACCACGGUGAACGAUUUUUGGCGAAUGGUUCAACAAGAAAGCAGCCAUCUGGUGGUUAUGCUGACCACCGUCAUGGAACGAGGGCGACCCAAAUGUCACCAAUAUUGGCCAUCGGCUGACGAAGAACCUUUGGCCUUAUCUGAAGGAUUCUCCAUCAGAUGCCUAAACGAGAAACCGGACGAAACAGGAAGCUUCGUUUUUCGAGAUUUGGUGCUGACAGAUGAGAAGACUGGUGAAACCAGAACGAUCCAGCAUAUGCAAUACCUUGCUUGGCCAGAUCACGGAGUACCAGCGGAUCCGGACCUUUUUCUACAAUUCACGGAAAAAGUACGUGCCGCGCGAAAUACCACCCUUUUGCAGGAGAUCGAAGCCAGCUUAAAAAACGUCAAGUUAAGAACGAUGGACGAAAAUGGGGGCUUGGAUUCAUCAGAGCGACGGAUUUUGCAUACGGAUAGCGAUGAAAGUCCAAACGAUAUGCCUUCGUCAACAUCAGUUCAUCAAUACAUCAGUGCAGCAAAUCCCCCCAUCAUUGUUCAUUGUUCCGCUGGUAUCGGUCGAACAGGGGUUCUAAUUCUAAUGGAUACGGCACUCGCAUUGAUGGAAGUGAAAGAACCCGUUUACCCUUUGGAUAUAGUUCAGGCAAUGCGUGAUCAAAGGGCUUGUAUGGUACAAAACGUGAGUCAGUAUCGCUUUGUUUGCGAAUGCAUCUGUGCAGCCUAUCGAAAAAUGGUAACCAAAGAAGUGGUGGAAACUGCUCCACAUAAAUCCAGUACGGCCACAAACGGUGCUACUGCCCCAUUGGUAUCUUCUAGUGAUGAAGAUUCGAGUUCUCCGUUGGAAGAAGCUCCGCUGGAAGGAUCACCUCUGGUGCGCAAAGCCCCACUGGCAGUAGAAACGACGAGUCUUACCACCACUCCAACCACCAACAAUGUUACACCCACUAAUGGAAACGAUGCAGCUACUGUUACUACUGCCAUCAACGGGAACGCCCCGGGGGAUUCCUGACGAGAAACUGUAGUUUAGGUUCCUUCUUUUUGUCCUUUUGUUCGAAUUGUUUUAUUCUCGUCCUAUUUAUACAACGCGCGCAGCUUGUGCAAGCAGCUAUUAACAAACAUAUUUAUCUACAUAUUACGCAUAUAGUUUCUGAUUACGACAGUGUAGGCGGCAAUCUGUAUCAUCCAUACGCAAUUGUAUCUUCGUAAAUAUAAUCAGUGGUUUAUAUUAAUAAGUGUCAUCGUACGUUUUACGCGACAAAUAUCAUUUAAUCUGUGCUAUUUAAUCAGUCAGUACCAUAUAUCUUUCUCUAUAACUCUCUUGUAGACUAGUGAGCAACAGUAGAGAUUUAUUAUGUAUUUAGACGUAUGUAUCAGAAGAUUAUAAACUGUUCAUUA